AGCAUACUAAGUACGGUAGCCCUUACUUGAACUUUCUAACAUACAUGGAUACAAUUGGAAUUGGCAGUCACGAUUGUGGUCGCAGCUCCAUAUUCAUCACCGUAUAACAUAACAUCAUGGAUAUUACGACCUGUUGGGAUAAAUCUCUUACGGAGGCUUGUACAUUUGCUUGUUGUACCUACUCCUAAAAGUCCCCUACCCCGAGAUGCUUCAUUUCUGCAACUUCCACGUGAAUUAUUCCUUACAUCUUUUACAUUGAGCUAUAAACAUCGUCUCAAGAACGCGAUAUUCCUCUAGUAAAGGGUCUUAUCUUUUUAUCUUCAUUCUCGCUCAAUAUCCCAGGCAACUUCCCGAUAUGGAAUACGGCAAAUCUCAAGACCAAGUUCCACCAGUCAUGGAUCUCCUCGGUACGAGCCUUGACAGAGAAUCCCCGCUUGAUACGGACAUGGAAAACCGGGAAAAUGCUACAUAGCCAGAUGAUUCUGGGCGGCAUUCUUUAAUGUUGUUUAUUCGCGAAUUGGAGCUUGAGCCAAGAGCGCGCUGUUGCCAUAUAUACUAACGUGCUUGCGUACCUUUACAAUAGCAAUGAUGACAAGAGCGUGGUCUAUAUCGCGCCGACAAUGGGUUUUUUAUCUUGUCGGCGCCGUGAAUUGGUUAUCAGCUGUGGUAUACAGCCAGGCCCCACCUACAGCAUAUUUACGAACACCGUCCGCCAACCAGCUUGAAUGGCAUGCGCUCGAAUAUUAUGCAUUCAUACACUUUGGCCCCAACACAUUCACAAAUGAGGAAUGGGGAACUAGCCAGAGUACGCCUGACGUAUUUGCGCCGACGGCAUUGGACACGGAUCAAUGGGCUAAGUCGUUCGCGGACGCCGGCAUGGCGGGGAUGAUCUUGACAGCAAAACAUCACGAUGGCAUGGCGCUGUGGGAUACAAAUACCACAACAUAUAAGAUCAGCAACGGAAAGUGGGCAAAAGAUCGUGUUUCUCAAGGUCUAAACGCCGACGUUGUGCAAAUGGCAGCCGCUUCUGCGAAGAAGUACGGCAUCAAAUUUGGCAUCUAUCUGUCGCCGUGGGAUAUCCAUCGCGAUCCUGCUAUGUCGAAGACGAACUUGACUGGGACGAUUUAUGACGAACCGCAGAUUUUCGGGGAUAAUACUCCGGGGGACUAUAAUGAGUUUUACGCUCAGCAGCUGACGGAACUGGUGACGAUGAAGCUUAGCGACGGUUCGCCCAUUCAGGUAUCGGAGUUGUGGCUUGACGGGAACAGUGGGUCGGCUACUGUGCAGACGUUUAACUGGACCGACUUCCGCAACAUCAUUCACGAGUACCAGCCAGGGGCGAUCAUGUGGGGGCAUCAAGGGGUUGAUGCGCGAUGGGUAGGCAAUGAGGACGGCGUGACGGUGGCAACGAAUUGGCACACGAUUAGUCGGACGCAGGAUGAACCGCACUAUUCGGGAGAUCAAUUGGAAACCGGGGUCCGCGAUGGUGCAUACUGGACGCCGGCGGAAGCAGAUGCGCGUCUACGAGAUGGCUGGUUUUACCAUGCCAAUGAGAAGUCCAAGACGGCCGACACGCUAAUGACUAUGUACAUGCAGUCAGUAGGCCGAAGCGUGAAUCUUUUGCUAGACGUUCCCCCCGAUACGACUGGUCAGAUUGUUGAGGGUGAUGUGGAUAUCUUGCUUCAAUUCGGGUCUCAGCGCGACGCGUUUCUGAGCCGGACAAUACUCAACCCUGGGCUUCCUGUAAACGCUAGCAGCGUCCGUGGUGAGGAUUUCGCGCUUUACGGACCAGCCAACGUGCUCGACGGCAAUAAAGAUACAUACUGGGCUGUCAAUGACAAUGAGACAACCAGCACUCUUGAAGUUGACUUAGAUGGUACAUACACCGUCGACGCCUUCAUCACGCAGGAGCAUAUCGCCUUAGGUCAGAGAGUAGGAGGGUACGCGAUCGACGCUGUUGUAAACGGCACCUACCAGACGCUCGCUACAGGCACGUCAUUGGGAUACAAACGUAUUGAUCGGUUAAGCGCCUCUGUUGAGACAAACAGGAUACGUCUCCGCAUCACGCAGGCGAAUGCCACUCCUUUAGUUAAUAGUUUUCAGGUACUUGGUGCGCGAAGCGGCUCUGUAUGAGCACGAUAUGAUUAGAGACCGCGGGCUUGCGAAGGUCUGGGUCAAAAAUUUCGCAUAUUUGCUCGAGCGCCAAAAUUGUGUGUUGAGAUAGUGUGGCAGUGUGGCGUUCUUCUUCAGUGGCUCGGCCCCUAGAAUUUAGUGGAUAUCCGCUAUAUCUCAGUGGAGGUAGGGUCUCCAGGGCUACGUCUUAACCUAUCCCAAUACAAUAUUUAGCGAUUGCUUGUCCGAUACGCGAAAUUUUCUACCUACCUAGACUUGAGAGCAGAAUUGAUAUAUAUUGCG